CAGGAGCCGCCGGGUCUCUGCCACUCCUCCUCUCGGACCUUUGCUCCACGCUCCUGCCUGUUUCCCCCGGACCCUGGCACUCCCUGCUCACUUUCACUCACACCUGCCUUCCCCCGAGCCUCAGACAUGUGCACCGGGAAGUGUGCUCGCUGCCUAGGGCUCUCUCUCAUCCCUCUCUCCCUCAUCUGCAUCGUGGCCAAUGCCCUCCUGCUGGUUCCUGAUGGGAAGACCACCUGGACAGGCAGCAACCUCAGCCUGCAAGUUUGGCUCAUGGGCGGCUUCAUUGGAGGGGGCCUGAUGGUCCUGUGCCCGGGAAUCGCCGCCGUGCGCGCCGGGGGGAAGGGCUGCUGCGGGGCAGGCUGCUGCGGGAACCGCUGCCGGAUGCUGCGCUCCGUCUUCUCCUCCGCCUUUGGGAUGCUGGGCGCCCUGUACUGCCUGGCCGUGGCGGGCGCCGGGCUCCGCGUCGGACCCAAGUGCUUGGUCGGCAACAAGUGGGACUACCACCUCCAGGACACCCAGGGCGCUUACCUGCGCAACCACACCCUGUGGAGUCUGUGCGAGGCGCCGCCUCACGUGGUCCCCUGGAACGUGACCCUCUUCUCCAUCCUGGUGGCCGCGUCGAGCCUGGAGACGGUGCUGUGCGGCGUCCAGCUGGUGAACGCGGCCUGCGGCGUGCUGUGCGGGGACUGCCGGAAGAAGGAGGGCUCAGCGCACUGAUUCCAGGGGCCACCCCCAACACCCUAUUUCCGGGGAUCCCCGCGGCGACGACAAACGGCUUUCAUUGCUCAAGAUUCUCCUUCGUGGAAUAAACCGCCCUGAGCGCCCUCCGCCCCUGUCUGCGCUGUGGAAGGAGUGUGCGUGGGCCUUCAGACACAACUGUCUAGGCUUGGGGCCUCGGUCUGUGCCCCCAAGUCCCCCUCACCCCGCUUAUUCUUUUCUUAGCAAAUAGUUACUGUUCUGGAAAUAAAAUUCUGUGCUCUUGAGGAAUCUUA